UGAGCGUCCCGGUGCCAUUGCCCGUUGCCAAAUGUAAUGCGAUCGUCGUCGGAUUGCACGUCCGUGUGAACGGGACACCAUGGCACCGAUGCUAUUACCCUUCCGUAGACUCAUGAUAAAAUGGAUUAUUUAUUUUUUCAUACGCGAUCACCAAGUCCGCGGCCACCACGUACACCCGCCAUGAUCCGUGGACCGUGAUUACCGGACAAGCUGCCUUAUCAUUGUUUUUGGCAGCAAUUAACUUUUUCCGUUUUAUCAAGCGCCAAUAUUCCGACGGGAAUUCCAAAAAAAAAAAAAAAAAAUCACCAUGCGUUCGCGUCUCCGCGGUGAACACCAAUUGGACCGCCGCGGACAUGGACCGUAGUCUGUCGUUUUCGAUCACCGCUCGAUUUCUGUUACAUUUUUUUUUUUCUUUUCGAAACUACACUCGAACCAGAGAUGGAUUUUUCGCACAAUCGUUCGCUGCGGUCCAAAUGUAUUUUCUGCAACGAAUCAGAUGUCGCCUGAUCAACCCGUCUUUCGACGGCCCAUGUACGUUUUAUUGAAUUUCGUACCUAUUUUCAUAAGCGUCCGUCAUGUCCGACGCGUGGCAAGAGACUAGAGCAGUGUUGAGCAAACGAAAUUCGAUGCGCGAAAAACUCCAGAAAAGAAAAAUCGAAUGGCAAGUUAUUCUGAAUAAGACCACCGACAAUAUUGUUACUAGAGAAUCGUUAUUACCCAGCAAGAGUAUUGUAGAGAAUGAAUCAGAUUUUGAUUGGAGCAAAGUUGGUGGCGAACGUGUGCUACUUGAAACACUCGUUAAUAUGUCUUUCAAUCUUCCAAUCACAUCUCAUCAAUUACUAAAUGAUCUUUUGCAGAAACAGUCUACUUAUAUAUCACAUUCGUCUGUUGUUAAUUUACUUAAUAAAUUCGCUGCACAGAAUCUCAUUCAAUUUAAAGAAAUUACCAUAGAUGGUCAGAUUGGUUUGGAAAUAAUAACAGCUGAACAUGCAAAAUUGCUCGCAAUGAUAAACGAUUUAUCAUCAGAGAUUGAUACAAGCAUACAUCUUGAAGAGUCCCGUUUGCAGAUUGAAGAUAAAAUUAAACAACUAGAAUAUGAAGAUUUUGAUGAAUGUCAACAGAAUGUAAAAGUAAGAAAGUUAACUAAUGAUUUUAAAAAUUCUGUUGAAUCUGACGAUGACAUUAUGUCUCUUAUUUCAAUGCCAUCUGCUCGAGAAAAAGAAAUAAAAAAAGCUAGUGAAGAAAUAAUGGAACUACUUAGCAAACCAACAGUUAAAGAAAAAUCACUUGCUGAAAAAUUCCGGUCCAAAGGAGGAACGCAUGUUAUGGAAUUUUGUCCACAUGGUACUCGGUCAGAUUGUAUGGAAGGACAUGUCUGUAAAAAACUUCAUUUCAAAAAAAAUAUUCAAAUGCAUACUGAUGAAUCUUUAGGUGAUUGUUCAUUUUUAAACACAUGUUUUCACAUGGAUACUUGUAAAUAUGUUCAUUACGAAGUGGAUGGUGUCACUAGUAAAGUAAAUUUAGUUAAAGCUUUAAAUAAUUUUCCAUCAAAAAAAGGAUUGGUUGAUGAUAAAAACGAAUUACUACCUUGUCAAUGGAUACAGUGCGAUUUGAGAUUUAUGGAUUUCACAUUCUUAGGAAAAUUUGCUGUAAUUAUGGCUGAUCCACCAUGGGAUAUUCAUAUGGAACUUCCUUACGGUACAUUAUCUGAUGAUGAAAUGCGACGAUUGGGUAUUCCACAGUUGCAAGACGAAGGACUGAUAUUUUUAUGGGUUACUGGACGGGCUAUGGAGCUUGGUAGGGAAUGUUUAAAAUUAUGGGGUUAUGAAAGAGUAGACGAAAUAAUUUGGGUAAAGACUAAUCAAUUACAAAGAAUCAUAAGAACUGGUAGAACAGGUCACUGGCUCAAUCAUGGCAAAGAACAUUGUCUAGUUGGCAUGAAAGGCAACCCUACCAACUUGAACCGUGGUUUAGAUUGCGAUGUGGUUGUUGCCGAGGUACGUGACACUAGUCACAAACCUGAUGAAAUAUAUGGUAUUAUAGAACGACUUUCACCUGGUACUAGAAAAAUUGAGUUAUUUGGACGUGCACAUAACAUUCAACCCAAUUGGAUUACACUUGGAAAUCAAGUGGAAGGAAUCAGGUUAACCGAUCAAGAUCUCAUUGAAAAAUUUAAAAAAGCAUAUCCAUCUGGAAAUUGUUUAUCAACAAUGGCUACAUCAAAAAGAAAUACAUAAGGAUCAGUACAGAUAGUUUUUAGGUUCUUCGGUGGGUUGUCCACAAACACCGUGAUACUGUUUGCUGACCAACGAGCGGGACCGGCAA